CCCUCGCUCUCUUUGCGACAGUCGCUUUCCGGCUCGGCGUGGAAACGAGGCAGAAGGAGGAGAGGGAGGAUGCGGCCGGGCCUCCCCGUCUCCCGGGGGUGACCUGGGUCGCCCCCCCCAGCAUGAGCGCGGGGCCCGAGUGUGAACCCCCCGGGAAAAGGGCUCGCGUGGGCCCCUGCUUUCCCGCCGGCGCUUCCGGGGGGAGGCCGGCGCCUUCCUCCUCCUCCUCCUCCUCCUCCUCCGAGAAGGUGGUCCCGCCGCCCCCGCCGCCUCCCCGCCGCCGGGAGGAAGGGCCCGGACCCGGCAGCCCCGCAGCCACCGUGGGGAACAAAGUUUACAAACAAAAGAGGAUUACCUCUUGGAUGGAGAACAAAGGACCCAGAACUAUAGAAUCUGAAAGACAAAGCAAAAGAAGCAACAUGGAAGCCGAGUCCAAAAUGGCCUUUGUUAAAAAAGACCGUGUUUUCGACCAUGAUGCCAAAAAGGCCGAGGGCCUCUUCGUGGAGGAGUGUUCAGAUUUAUCCGCAGAAAUGAGCAAGAAGCCGGGUUUUUUUCCUCCAGCUGAGGGCCCCUGUAGGGAUAAGCUGUCCGAAGCCGAGGCUCUGAAACCAAGCGAGCCCUUGACCAACGUGAACGUUCACCAGAUGUACAAAACCGGCGCUCAGCUUUAUCGAGCCGGUCAUGAAAUCCGGGGAAACUGCACCGCCCGGAAGCUUUCUCCGGGCAGCCCCACAAAGACGCCCACUCUGAAACAGGCUUCCAAAGACUGGGAUCCCGCAAGGGAGGCAACUCCGCAGAGCCCGCAGCUGUUGAUGAAAAAUUGCAGCCCUGAGGAUCCAGUGGGUGACAGCGCCGAGCCUGAGGAGGCCGACGUGAUCCCGGAGAGCCCGCUUUCCAACAGAGGUGGCCUGGCCACUUCGUCUGACCUUUAUGGCUUUCGGGACCGAGACCGGGGAUGCUUAGGGGAGUCGCCCUCGUUUGAGAAGGAGAGCGAGCCCGAAUCCCCCAUGGACGUGGACAACUCCAGAAACAGUUGCCAGAUGUCGGAGGCCGACGAGGAAAUCAGCCCUCUUCUUGAGGACCACGGCAAUAUCGAUGUGCCGGAAGGACCAGACAACUCCGCCCAGUUCCGCAGGGCAGAGACGGACCUGGAUUCCAGAAAGAGACAGUCUGCCCCCCAGAAAAGCGAAGGGGACCGAUUUAGCCUCAACCCCGAAGCCGUGGACAAUCCCACGAAAGAUCCCGAGAUACUCACGGACGUGUCAGGAACUUCGCCUCACCUGGCAUCGGAGGGCAGAAGCGCCAAGCACGGGGGAAGGAAGGAUUCUAAAAUCACCGCCCAUUUCCCACGGGUCCAUAGAGGGGAUGAAAAAAGGAGUGAAUACCGCCUGGGAAAGAAGUAUUGUAAAUACAGCCCUCCCUCACUCCCAUCUAACAAAAAGUGGUUUGGGACGCCGAUUGAAGAGAUGCGAAGAUUGCCUGUCUGUGGGCUUCAUCUUCCUCACUUGAGACCAUCUGCCAAACACACGGUUACAAUCAGAGUAGAUCUUCUGAAGGAAGGAGAAGUGCCUAAGCCUUUCCCGACCCAUUAUAAGGAUUUGUGGGACAAUAAGCAUGUGAAAAUGCCUUGUUCGGAACAGAAUUUAUAUCCUGUAGAAGAUGAGAACGGUGACAGGACUGCUGGGAGCCGGUGGGACUUAAUACAGACUUCGCUCCUCAAGAAAUUCACCUGUUCGCGAGAUCUGAAGGAAGCAAUCCUCAAGUAUAAUAUUUCCUAUGCCAAAAAAUGGGACUUCACAGCCCUGGCUGACUUCUGCGAUAAGGUGCUGGAAGACGCAGAAGCUCAGCAUCUCUUUCAGUCCAUUUUGCCCGACAUGGUGAAGCUGGCGCUCUCUCUGCCAAGCAUUUGCACCCAGCCAAUACCUCUUCUGAAGCAAAAAAUGAACCACUCCAUCACAAUGUCACAGGAGCAGAUGGCCAGUUUGCUAGCCAAUGCCUUCUUCUGCACUUUUCCUCGGCGCAACGCCAAGAUGAAAUCGGAAUAUUCCAGCUAUCCAGACAUUAACUUCAACAGAUUGUUUGAGGGGCGGUCUCCGAGAAAGCCUGAGAAACUGAAAACUCUUUUCUGCUACUUCCGAAGAGUCACGGAAAAAAAACCCACUGGACUUGUGACGUUUACCAGACAGUGUCUGCAGGAAUUUCCAGAGUGGGAAAGAUCUCAGAAAAAAAUGCCCAGGUUGCAUGUCACCUAUGAAGGGACGAUUGAGAGCAACGGGCAAGGGAUGCUCCAGGUUGACUUUGCCAACCGCUUUGUCGGAGGGGGCGUCACUGGCGCAGGAUUGGUGCAAGAAGAGAUCCGGUUCUUAAUCAAUCCAGAAUUGAUUGUCUCUCGUCUCGUUACGGAAGUCCUGGAUCACAACGAGUGUCUGAUCAUCACGGGGACUGAACAGUACAGUGAAUAUACUGGCUAUGCAGAAACCUACCAGUGGGCCAGGAGCCAUGAAGAUGACACGCCCAGGGAUGAAUGGCAGAGACGCUGCACCGAAAUUGUGGCCAUAGACGCUUUUCAUUUCCGAUGUUUUCUCGAUCAGUUCACUCCAGAGAAAAUCAGAAGAGAGCUGAACAAGGCCUACUGUGGCUUUUCUCGGCCUGGUGUCCCUCCACAUCAUCUUCCAGCGGUGGCAACAGGAAACUGGGGCUGUGGUGCUUUUGGAGGAGAAUCAAGACUGAAAGCCUUAAUACAGAUCUUGGCAGCUGCUGAGGCUGGACGCGACGUGGUUUAUUUCACUUUUGGAGAUGCGGAGUUGAUGAGAGACAUUUACAGCAUGCACACCUUUCUGACCAAGAGGGGCCAAGUGGUGGGAGACGUUUACAAGCUGUUGCUUCGAUACUACCAUGAGGAAUGCCGGUGUUGUUCCACUUCGAGGCCAGAAGUCAAACUCUACCCCUUUGUCUACAGCGUCGUUGAGUCCUACAUAAACCCUCCCGAGGAUGAGAAAGGACUGGGUUUUGAGGACUAGAACCAUCGCCCGCCCAACGAUUGCGCUUUUUCCCUUUUUUCCGAUGAAAUAUCAAUUGAAUUGCUGGAGGUUAUAUAUAUAGAUGGUCUGAAGGCCAACGCUGAUAUUUGAGAAGCAGCCUUUUUUUUUCUUUCCAAAGCAGAAAGUAAACUUGAUCACAACGCAUAGAGCUUCAUUCCUUUCUCCUCCGUGGUCAAGACAUGGUGAUGGGCAGAAGACUUACAUUCCUUAUAGGAGUCUCUGAAAAUACAUUGAUAACAUGCCUGCCUUUUUAUUUUUAUAAUUAUCUCAGUGUCGACAUGCAUUCAUUGGAGGGGUACACUGGCAUAGACACGUUUGCCAUACGAAUAAGUGAUUUCUUUAGCUCACACUGCAGCAGUAUAACUUUUAAGGGGUAGGUGUGGCGGGAAACACCCCACCCCCCCCCAAAAAAAUUAUAUGUAUAUGCAUUACAUACAUAAUUCAAGUCAUCCUGAUUUUUUUUUAAAAAAAAAAAUAGAUUUUUUUUUUCCAAACACUCUUUUUUCUGGGUUAACAAAAGUUCUGAAAUAGGUGAGGAUAAGAGAAAAACAGUGAGUUAUCCCAGAAUUAUCCUCUGAACGAAAAACAGCUGGACGAGGACAGUGGCGUAUUGGGGAUUGCAGACCGGCAAGAUUGGAUUUAGAAAUGGUCAAGAGACUUUUUGAUAUAGUCUUACAUUUUAAAAACCCAUAGCUAGGGCCAUAUCUUUAUGAUACAAUUAAAACAGCUUUUUUUUUCUUUAAAUCAAUUGCACAGAAGUUCUCAGCUGGGAUUUUGCGAUCCCGCCGAGAGGCAAAUAGAGAAAUAUAUAUUAUUUAAAUGUACGAUUAAAAAAAAAAACCUAGACUGUUACACUUAGGGCAUUCAUUAUAUAAUUCUGACAGCUCUGUACAGCAUGCCCCGGGUGCGGCUUGGAAGGUCAUUAAAAGUGAUUGACUUAUCGAUUAA